UCCAUCCAAAUCCACAGUCUUCCACUUCCGUCUCUAUAUGCCUUUCAAAAACAUGGCAAAUCUUGUCCUUUACUUGCUCUUACUACUACUCCACCUCCGCUCCACGGCGGCCACUCCUCCAGCCUCCGCCGCAGCAAACUUCAUCAAAUCCUCAUGCAGAGCCACCCGCUACCCUUCCCUCUGCAUUCACUCCCUCUCCGUCUACGCCAGCAAGAUCCAGCAAAGCGACCAGCAGCUGGCUCAAGCCGCCUUGUCCGUCAGCCUGUCCAGCGCCCAGUCCACCACCGUCUUCGUCUCCAGGCAGCUCAAAGCCGCCGGCAUCAAGCCCCGAGAGUACCAGGCCAUCAGAGACUGCACCCGGAACAUGGCCGACGCCGUCGUCCAGCUCAACAGAUCCAUCGGCGAGCUCGGCCAGAUUGGCCGCCCCUCGGCUCAGGAUUUCGAGUGGCAUAUGAGCAACGUUCAGACCUGGGUCAGUGCCGCCAUCACCGCCGCCAACACGUGCAUUGACGGGUUUUCCGAUCCCACCAUGAUAGGAGAUCUAAAGAGUGGGAUUACGGCUAGAGUUACCACUUGUUCCCAGGUCACCAGUAAUGCCCUUGCUCUGGUUGCCCUCUUUGGAGAGAAGAUGGCGAAAGGAAGGAACGGUUGAGUAGAAGUCCGUGACGAUCACAUAUAGAUAUAUGUUGCUACAUAAGCUAGUGGUUUGUUUAAUUAGAUAGUGCAGUGAGGGUCUGAGUUGACUUGAUGAUGUUUCCAGUCUUUUUGCUUGUGUACCCCCACUUCUUAAUUAUUUCUUAAUUGUGUUUGCGUUCUUGUACAA